UUCUUUCUGCUUUGGUGAAGAAGACCAGUGGGACAGAACCACCUCUUGGAAACAUGUUAAAGGGGGCGAGUUGGACCCCCCACCUUUUUCUCAUAGAAAAGCUCCGGACGAGCUGGCUGGUUCUUCGGACUUCCUUGGGUUUGAUCCAGCAGCUUGGCAUCUAAACCGUGGGUGAUUCCUCCCUCCCACUCCCCCCCUUUGGACCUUCCCCACAGAGAAGGGUCAGGAUACCCCUUUGGCAUAGGUGAAGUCUAGGGGGCACUCGCCAUGGCGGGGGCCAUCGCCUCCCGCAUGAGUUUCAGCUCUUUAAAGAGGAAGCAGCCCAAAACCUUCACGGUUCGGAUUAUUACCAUGGAUGCUGAAAUGGAGUUCAACUGCGAGGUGAAAUGGAAAGGAAAGGACCUCUUUGACCUGGUGUGUAGGACACUGGGACUCCGUGAAACAUGGUUCUUUGGACUGCAGUACAUGAUUAAAGACACAAUAGCCUGGCUCAAAACGGACAAGAAGGUGCUGGACCACGAUGUCCCAAAGGAGGAGCCGGUUACUUUUCACUUCCUGGCCAAGUUCUACCCAGAGAAUGCAGAAGAAGAGCUGGUCCAGGAAAUCACCCAGCAUCUGUUCUUCCUACAGGUGAAGAAACAGAUUUUGGAUGAGAAGAUCUAUUGUCCUCCAGAGGCAUCUGUCCUUCUAGCAUCCUACGCGGUGCAAGCCAAGUAUGGGGACUACGAUCCCAGCGUUCACAAGCGCGGCUUCUUGGCCCAAGAGGAAUUGCUUCCAAAACGGGUGAUAAAUCUCUACCAGAUGACUCCAGAAAUGUGGGAAGAAAGAAUCACAGCCUGGUAUGGCCAACACCGAGGAAGAGCCAGGGAUGAAGCAGAGAUGGAGUACUUGAAAAUAGCCCAGGAUCUAGAGAUGUACGGCGUGAAUUACUUUGCCAUCCGGAACAAGAAGGGGACAGAGCUGCUCCUGGGGGUUGAUGCGCUGGGCCUCCACAUAUACGAUCCAGAAAACAGGCUGACCCCCAAAAUCUCCUUUCCUUGGAAUGAGAUUCGCAAUGUCUCUUACAGCGACAAAGAGUUUACGAUAAAGCCGCUGGAUAAAAAGAUCGACGUUUUCAAAUUCAACUCCUCCAAGCUGCGGGUGAAUAAACUGAUCCUUCAGCUCUGCAUCGGCAACCACGACUUGUUCAUGAGGAGGCGGAAGGCCGAUUCCCUCGAAGUCCAGCAAAUGAAAGCCCAGGCCAGGGAGGAGAAAGCCAGGAAGCAGAUGGAGCGCCAGCGUUUAGCCCGAGAGAAACAGAUGAGAGAAGAGGCCGAACGCACAAGGGAUGAGAUGGAGAGGAGACUUUUGCAGUUGAAAGAGGAGGCUACAAUGGCGAAUGAAGCUCUGAUGAGAUCGGAAGAAACGGCAGACUUGCUGGCCGAAAAAGCUCAGAUCACCGAAGAGGAAGCCAAACUCCUGGCCCAAAAGGCGGCCGAGGCAGAGCAGGAAAUGCAACGGAUCAAGGCCACAGCGAUUCGGACCGAGGAAGAGAAGCGAUUGAUGGAACAGAAAGUGAUGGAGGCCGAGAUGCUAGCUCUGAAAAUGGCGGAGGAAUCUGAACGAAGGGCAAAGGAGGCUGAUCAACUCAAGCAGGAUCUGCAAGAAGCCCGUGACUCUGAAAGGAGAGCCAAGCAGAAACUUCUGGAAAUUACCAGCAAGUCAUCCUACGCACAGCCCCUGAACGCAAGUACGACCGCCUUGCCCUCUGACUUGUCAACGUUUGGCAUGAUCAGUGAAAGCCUGUCCUUCGACUUCAAGGAUAACGACAUGAAGAGGUUGUCCAUGGAGAUCGAGAAGGAGAAGGUUGAAUAUAUGGAGAAGAGCAAACAUCUCCAGGAGCAGCUGAACGAGCUGAAGACCGAGAUCGAAGCUCUGAAAUUGAAGGAGAGGGAGACCACCAUGGACAUCCUGCACAGUGAGAACCACGACCGGGGGAAUAGCAAACACAACACCAUUAAGAAGCCUCAAGCCCAAGGCAGAAGACCUAUCUGCAUUUGAGACUUCCAA